AUGCAACUCACGUGGAAGAACAUCCCGGCUGUUCCAGAGGCCAAUGACCUCUUGGAUAUAGUGCUAAACCGCACGCAGCGUCAAACUCCUACCAUUAUUAGGCAGGGGUUCAAAAUUACAAGAAUUAGAGCAUUCUACAUGAGAAAGGUGAAGUUCACAGCAGAGGGAUUUGUUGAGAAGUUCGAUGCGAUUCUUCAGAGCUUCCCAAAUAUUAAUGAUCUACAUCCGUUCCACAGAGACUUGAUGGACACCUUGUAUGAGAAGAAUCACUACAAGGUUUCAUUGGCUUCCGUUUCCAAAGCAAAAACGUUGAUUGAGAAAAUCUCGAGGGACUAUGUUCGUUUGUUGAAGUUUGGACAGUCUUUAUUCCAGUGUAAGGAGCUCAAGAGGGCAGGUCUCGGACGUAUGGCGACAGUUGCGAAAAAGCUAAAGGACCCAUUGGCAUAUUUGGAGCAGGUGAGGCAGCAUUUGGGACGACUCCCGUCGAUCGACCCAAGCACGAGAACUUUGGUGAUUUGUGGAUAUCCAAACGUCGGUAAGUCGUCAUUUUUGCGCUCAGUGACCAAGGCAGACGUCGAUGUUCAACCGUACGCCUUCACAACAAAAUCUUUGUAUGUGGGUCACUUCGACUACAAGUAUCUUCGUUUUCAGGUUAUAGAUACGCCGGGAAUUUUGGACCGGCCGACCGAGGAGAUGAACAACAUAGAGAUGCAGUCAAUUUAUGCGAUUGCACACUUGAGAUCGUGCAUUUUGUACUUUAUGGAUCUUUCCGAGCAGUGCGGAUUCUCGAUUGAGGACCAGGUGAAGCUUUACAACUCCAUCAAGCCGUUGUUUGCCAACAAAUCGGUGUUGAUUGUGGCGAACAAGGCCGAUAUUAUACGUGUUGAGGACCUAGAUGAGGACAGGCAGCAGCUAGUGAAGUCGAUGCUCGAUGUUCCGGGUGCCGAGUUGGUGCAGGCCUCAUGCUACGACCAGGAAAACGUGAUGCCAGUGAGAAAUAAGGCCUGUGAGAAGUUACUCGCCUCAAGAAUGGAGCAAAAGCUAAAAGGUGCUGCUAGAGUGAGCAGCGUUCUCAACAAAAUCCACGUUUCCAAACCACAGCAAAGAGAUGACGUCGAAAGACCGGCAUACAUUCCGGAUGCUGUAAAGAGUGUCAAGAAGUACGAUCUGGCCGAUCCUGAUAGGCCAAAGCUUGCAAGAGACAUCGAGGUGGAAAACGGUGGCCCUGGUGUGUACAACGUGGAUCUGAAGGCCAAGUAUUUGCUUGAAGAGGACGAGUGGAAGAAAGAUGUGAUGCCGGAAGUUUUGGACGGCAAGAACGUGUACGACUACUUGGAUCCGGACAUCGCCGAGAAGCUACAGGCGCUCGAGAGGGAGGAGGAGCAGUUGGAGAAAGAAGGAUUUUACGACUCGGAUGACGAAGAUGAGGCAAAUGCGUACUUGAGCACUCCAGAGGCCCAGGAAAUCCGCGAGAAGGCCGAGUGGAUCAGAAAUAAGCAAAAGACGAUGAUUAAUGAUGCCAGACAGAGGAAAUCCCUCAACAACAGAGCUAUAUUGCCCCGGUCGAAGCUCACGAGGUCGUACAAGGACAUGGAGAGCCCAUGCACAAAGUUGGACACGAUACUAGUAGAGCCAAAGGUGUCUGGUGCCGAUAUUAUGCGUGCAUCAAUGAUUUCCGACGCCAAUUCUUCGGCUUUGCAACCCGUUGGCAAGUCCGACAGGCUUCAUGCUGGUGUUAACGAUGGUAUGUUGCGUUCGAAGGCCGAGAGAAUCGCGAAAUUGUCCAGAAGAGCCAGAAACUUGGAUGCUCGUGUGGGUGAGUCUGACAGGAGAAUCUAUGACGAGAUGCCAAAGCACUUGAAUUCGGGUAAGCGUGGAAUUGGUAAGACGCAGAGGCGUUAG